UGCAGCUGCUGGAUGUGAUUCUCCACCACCUCCGUAGCUAGCCAGAGGACUCCACACCACCUCCUCAUCCUCUUCCUCCGUUCCUUCCCAGCUAGCUGCUGCAGCCUGCAGCUCGCUUGCUUUCUUCUUCUCUUUCCAUACACAAAUCCCCAACAAAGAAAAGUGCGAAUUUAUAAAGAAAAGAUCAGAAUUCAAAGCACAGGUAAAGCUAGAGGAGUUAGGGGGGAAGAGAGGAGAGGGAGGAAAAUAUAUCUCACCACUAACUGGCUUCCAUGGUGUUCCCUUCAGUGCCUGCCUACCUAGAUCCACCUAAUUGGAAUAACCAGCAAGGUCAGCCGCCGAGGCCGGCGAAUGUUGGCGGCGGCGGCGGAGGCGAUGGACAGCACCUGCCGGUCGGCCCGACCGCAGCUACGGCGGCGCCGGCUGAGGUCGGUGGGCUGCCAAGCAGCUCAUCGGCCAGUGCGGCGGCCGCUGCGCAGCAGGCGGCGCGGCCGAACUCAAUGGCGGAGCGCGCGCGGCUGGCGCGGGCGCCGCAGCCGGAGCCGGCGCUCAAGUGCCCGCGCUGCGACUCCACCAACACCAAGUUCUGCUACUACAACAACUACUCCCUCUCCCAGCCCCGCCACUUCUGCAAGACCUGCCGCCGCUACUGGACGCGCGGCGGCUCGCUCCGCAACGUCCCCGUCGGCGGGGGCUGCCGCCGCAACAAGCGCUCGACCAAGCCCUCUACUUCUUCCGCCGCCGGCGCGUCGUCGUCCUCCAAACCGUCCUCGUCGGCGGCCAGGCAGCUGCCCGGCGGUGGUGCAUCUCCGAUGCUGUCCAACGCAGCGUCCGCGCCGGGCAGCACGGGCGCGAUCAUGCCACCGUCGGGCCUCAGCUCCAUGUCUCACCACCUCCCGUUCUUGGGGGCGAUGCACCCGCCAGGGCCCAACCUAGGGCUAACCUUCUCGGCCGGCUUCCAACCUCUCGGCGGUAUGCACCACGUGGAUGCGGUGGAGCAGUUCCCGGUGGCAAGCGGCGGCGGCGCCAACAUUGGCGCGUCACUAGAGCAGUGGAGAGUGCAGCAGCAUCCACAACAGCAGCAGUUCCCGUUCCUUGGAGGAGCACUUGAGCUUCCGCCGCCACCGCCGAUGUACCAACUGGGACUGGAAGCUACUCGACCAGCAGGCGGCGGAGCAACGACGGCGGCGUUCACGUUAGGGCAGACCAGUGCUACAGCUACCACGUCAAGGCAGGAGCAGGAAGGCUCAAUGAAACUGGAAGACAGCAAAGGUCUUGAAACAAUGAGCCUGCAGAGGCAGUACAUGGCGGCUCUACGCCAAGGAGAUAGCGUCUGGGGUGGUAACGGUGGCAAUGGCAGCGAUGGUGGCGGCAAUGGCGCCGGCGGUGGCAGUUGGACAAUGAACUUCCCUGGAUUCCAUUCAUCGUCAGCCGGCGGCGGGGACGGCGGCGGCGGAGUGUUGUAGUGCUACUUCUAGCUAAGCCAUGAUCUGGCUCGACAAUUUCAAGGACAGGUUUUUCUAAUUAAUUUGCAUGGUUUGAGCAAAUGCAAAGAGGAAGCAAAGAAGAAAAUUAAGGGCUUGACUUGAGUGUUAACUCUUCAUCAGCAGUAGAUGCAGACGGCUAGCUAGCUCAUGAUGAUCUCAGGUAGGAGGUUUAAGUUAAAGCUGCCCUUUGGUUAACGCUUUUUUUCUUCCGCCAUUUGGUUUUGAACUCAAAGGUGUGCCUGUGUUGUGUCCAUAGUGUCACCUUUUUCAACUUUUUUACACUAUUGUUUACAGGGGGUUAAUAUAUAACCACACUUGGUGCAUUGGGGGUAUAUAUGAUCAGGAUAUACUAUUUGACUUGGAGAUUGGAGAUUGAUCACAUUACCUCUCAUUAGUUCUGCAAAACUUGCAUGGAGUUAAUGUAUGGAUGAAAUUUACUCAAUGUUUAAUUAUGUUUGUUCUUCUUACAUGAUUUAACAUUCCUGGCUAGCCUUUUGGUAUUGUUAGUAGG